AUGAAGACGACCUACGUCAAGUUUCUGGGACGCUGUGGUACCGCCACGGGACUUUUUGGUGGCAGUCGUUCGUCGGAAGUAGCCGCAGUAGGUUUGAAGUUUCGCUGCGCUGUGAACACCUUGACGCGCUCUGAAGGUCCUUUAACUUCGGGAGCUAUCCAUCGUCGACAACAGUCAUCUGGUUUUGCGAGUAAGCGUUGGCAAGCCAACUGUCAAAACGUUGGCGGCUCAUUAGGUUCAUCUCUACAGUGCGCGACGCGGCGGUUUGUACCUUUGAUAUCGUUUUCCUUGAAUCGGUUAUAUUCGCGUUAUUCGGCAAACCGCAUCAUGACCGGAGCAGACACGUUUAGUUUUUCCGACUAUGACUGCAUCGGGUUUGACCUGGACAACACGUUAUUGCGCUACAGGAUAGGAGAAAUGAUGGAGCUUGAAUACAACGUUGUGUCGCGAUUUUUGGUGGAACAACGAGGAUACUCGGGACGGCACUUGCUGCAACCGCUUGAUAAGGAUUUCCUCCAGCGAGGGCUGAUCAUUGAUUUUCAGCGCGGAAACAUUCUAAAGCUCGAUCCCGACGGGGUAAUUCAGCAGGCGACGCAUGGUACGAAGCGCAUGGCCGAUGAAGAAAUUCGCGCCUACUAUGGCGACGAAAAGAAAUGGGAAGUAACGAAUGAGUACUGCCGCAACAUGCUGGUCGCCUGGAACGGGCCACUUUCGGAGCAAAUACGGACAGUUUUAGAUUACUUUGACAUUUGCGCCACGCUACUGUUUGGCCGCGUGAUUGACACCCUGGACGAGGAAGCACAUGAGCGGAUUGGUCAAUACAACGUUUGGCCGGACAUUCUCGACGGAUUGGUAUUCAUGUACUCACGAGAGCACUUUGGCGGCAAUAUAGGGGGAUAUUUCGAGGCAUUAAAAGCGCAUCCGGAGCGUUACCUUCAGAAAGCCUCGCCGGAAUUGGUGCAUUGGUUGCGUGAGCUCAAAAAAACCAAAACCACCUUCUUGGUGACAGGCUCGCAUAUUGAUUUCGCUAACUUUACCGCCUCGUACGCGUACGGUUCCGAUUGGCCUGAGCUGUUUGACGUGGUGGUUGGAUUCGCAAAGAAACCGGGAUUUUUUACCGCGGCAAAACCGUUCGUACGGCUCGAGGGGCACGAAGAGACAGAACCAAUGACGGCCGGGCAGUUGGAACGAUACGGCGUGUACUCGCAAGGAAACUGGCGUGAUUUGACCGUGCUCCUGAGCAAAGUGUGCCACAAAUCGGACCCUCGGUACCUGUACGUAGGCGACAAUCUCAUACAGGACAUGUACACCCCAUCAAAAUAUACGACAGCCGACACUGUCGCAAUCGUGGAAGAAAUGGCAGCUGAGGGUAUGCGCGAUUGUGAUGCCGGACAUCCGGACGCGCCGUAUAUAGUGUCGAAAUUUUGGGGAUCCUAUUUCACCACCCGAUCUGGACCGGGUGUCGAAGAUGCGUCGCUUUGGGCGUCACUUAUAAAGCAGCAUGCAAAAAUUUGUGUCCCUUCAAUGGAUGAAGUUGCCAAGUACCCACUCGAUCAUUGCUACAACAGCUUCACCGAAAACGUCAGCUGCAAUGGUUACUAUCCGGCAGAGCCGUUGAAGUUGGUCAACAAUUGA